UCAGACAUAAAAAAUGAGCUGUAGAAGAAAGGAAGCAUGACUGAUAAAGCUAUUUUGACUAUAUUCAAUAUUUUCUAACCUGUGAGUCAGCAAAGGAAAUAAAACUGCAAUCUAAAAUAAUAUAAAUCUCAAGAGAUCAUUUAGGUAUCACUUUAAGAUAAAAAAAAAUGUACCAGCAAAAAGUGCAUCCAGCUUUUGGUAUAUAGUGACCUCUGGUGCUCGCUGAACACAAACACACCUAACAAUUAUAACUUGUCCUGCUGCAUAAAUUAAACAGAUAAAAAGUUGACAACUUACUGUAGGUUAGCAGCAUCAUAUUAUCCAUUAAUUUAAGCCUGAAAACACACCCAUUACAAAUAUGGAGGGAUGUUUAACCACUAAAUAUGUAUGCCAGGUCCUCCCACACCCAUUUGACUUGAUUUCUUCAUAAAACCAAUAAAAUCUGAGCUUCCUAUUCUCAAUCUGCAGCUCUGUCAGUGGAGUCAUAGAGAGGUGCGAGAGGCAAACAUAAGACAUCACUUUGACCAAACCAGAGAGAGAAUUUACUCAAACACUGAGGAGACACUGGAAUGUUCUGGACUACAUUACAAAUAUUUAUCAUUUAAACUAGACUGACUGCAGUCUGAGUGAAUGUAGGAUUGUGGGUAAAAGUAGCUCUCAGAUUGUGCAGAGAUUGUGUUUUUUAUCAGUUCAAGAUGCGAGAAACGAAACGUUCUGGUGAGGAGGAGAGACCCAAAUGGGACAACAAGGUUCAGUACCUGCUGACAUGUAUCGGCUAUGCUGUGGGUCUCGGAAACUUGUGGCGUUUUCCCUACCUUUGCCAGAUCUAUGGAGGCGGAGCUUUCCUCAUCCCUUACCUGAUAGCGUUGGUGUUUGAGGGCCUUCCGCUGCUCUACCUGGAGCUGGCAAUAGGACAGAGGCUUCGCAUGGGCAGCGUUGGAGUAUGGAACUCCAUCUCUCCACUGCUGGGUGGAGUCGGCAUCGCUCCUAUGUUGGUAUCGUUCCUGAUUGGUGUGUUCUAUACCACCAUCCUGGCCUGGGUGCUCUGGUACUUUUUUCACUCUUUUCAAAACCCACUGCCCUGGAAGGAGUGYCCUCUCAAUGAAAACCAGACUGGUUUUAUAGUGCAGUGUGAGAAAAGCACUCCUGUGAAUUAUUUCUGGUACCGAAACACUCUGAACAUCACACCAGACAUUGAGACCAGUGGUUCACUGCAAUGGUGGAUGGUGGUCUGUUUGGCCACCUCCUGGUUUAUACUUUACUUCUGCUUCAUCAAAGGCAUUAAGUCCGUUGGAAAGGCAGUUUAUGUGACAGCCACAUUCCCUUACUUAGUGCUGACCAUCUUCCUGAUCCGUGCCCUCACCCUACCUGGAGCCACUGAUGGUUUGGUUUACCUUUUCACUCCCAAUUGGGAAACCUUAAAGGACCCACAGGUGUGGCUGGAUGCUGCCACCCAGAUYUUCUUUUCUCUUUCUGUGGCGUUCGGAGGUCUCAUAGCUUUCUCCAGCUAUAAUGCAGAAAGAAAUAACUGUGAGAGGGACGCUGUUCUUGUAGGAGUAAUAAACAGCGCCACAUCUCUCUACGCAUCCAUCCCCAUUUUUUCCAUACUGGGAUUUAAAGCCACAAACGGAUUUAACRCUUGCCUAAAAGAGAACAUCCUGACUCUGACCAACCACUUUGAGAUUUCAGAUCAAAACAUGACAUUGGACAACUACAAUAAAUGGUAUGAAUAUUUAAAUCAGAGCUAUCCAGAUGUUGUAUCCAAUUUGUCACUGAGGGAAUGUGACCUACAAACAUUUCUUGACCAGAGUGCUUCAGGUACUGGCCUGGCUUUUAUUGUGUUCACGGAAGCUGUCUUGGAGAUGCCAGGCUCACAGAUAUGGGCCAUAUUGUUCUUCGUCAUGCUCUUCAGCCUUGGUCUCUCCUCCAUGUUUGGCACCAUUGAGGCCAUCCUCACACCCAUCAAUGACCUCAAACU